AAAAACCCUAAAUCCCGUUCACGAUUCAAUCUUCAUCUUUCACUCAAUUUCAAUCAGACGCUUGCCUCGCUUUCACUCACUCAAAUUAACCCUGUAAGCUCGUGCUCGCCGCCUCCGUGCCUCGCCUUUGCUUGCGCUCGUGCAGUCGUACUCGCCGCCGCCGCGCCUCGCCUUCGCUCGUGCUCGUGUUAUUGAAUAAGGGUCGAAUCCUAGGGCUUUGUCUGCGUCCAAAAUCCGGAUACAGGAAGUGAUCGGUUCUUAAAAUAGCCUUCCUCUGGUCUGUUUCUUCUUUUAUUUCGGGAGAUUCUUGAAACUGAAUUAAAUUGGCAUGGGUAGAAGGCACAGCAGUGAACCCAGGGAAGAGCAUGUGAAGGAUGAGAGAGAUAGACAUCGUUAUCACAGCAGACAUAGACGAGAUAGGACCGAUGAACGUAAAAAUAGGCAUAGAGAGCAUGACACUGAGGACAGAUACAAAAUCAAAGAUCGCUAUGCAUAUCAUAAUUCGGAGGAUGAAAUUGAGAGGAAAUCAGAAAGAGAUAGAGAAAAGGAGCACAGAAUUACUAAGGAUGGUUAUGGUGAGAAGUAUCGUAGGGAUAAGUAUGAGAGGAAGCAAGAAGAAGAUAAUAGGAAGAAAGAGGAUGGACAGGGAAGGUUAGAUGGGGAUUCAAAACCUCAAAGACAAUCAACAACUCUGGAGGGGAACCUGAAUGGCGAUACAUCGAAUUUGGGUAGGAGCGGAGGAGUUUACAUCCCUCCAUUUAAGUUGGCUCGCAUGAUGAAGGAAGUUCAAGACAAAAGUAGUGUUGAGUACCAGCGGUUAACAUGGGAUGCUCUUAGGAAGAGCAUUAAUGGACUUGUGAACAAGGUUAAUGCUGCUAAUAUAAAAAAUAUAAUUCCAGAACUAUUUGCAGAGAAUUUAAUAAGAGGAAGAGGCUUGUUUUGCCGGUCUUGUAUGAAGUCUCAAAUGGCUUCUCCAGGUUUUACUGAUGUUUUUGCUGCGCUGGUUGCUGUUGUGAACACCAAAUUUCCUGAGGUGGGUGAUCUUUUAUUGAGAAGAAUUGUCUUGCAGCUUAAGAGAGCUUAUAAGCGAAAUGACAAGCCUCAAUUACUAGCCGCAGUCAAGUUUAUUGCACAUCUUGUAAACCAGCAAGUGGCUCAUGAGAUUGUUGCUCUAGAGUUGCUCACAGUUUUACUGGAGAAGCCUACUGAUGACAGUGUUGAAGUAGCUGUUGGUUUUGUCACAGAGUGUGGGUCAAAAUUGCAAGAUGUCUCGCCAAGAGGCCUUCACGGUAUUUUUGAGCGAUUUCGUGGAAUUCUUCAUGAAGGAGAAAUUGACAAACGUGUUCAGUUCUUGAUUGAAGGCCUAUUUGCAAUUCGAAAGGCCCAGUUUCAGGGCUAUCCAGCCAUUCGUCCUGAACUAGACCUUGUGGAGGAGGAAGACCAGUUGACGCAUGAAGUCUCCUUGGAUGAGGAGAUAGAUCCAGAGAUUUCCCUUGAUGUAUUCAAGCCAGAUCCAAAUUUCACGGAGAACGAGAAGCGUUAUGAAGAGUUAAGGAAAACAAUACUAGGUGAUGAAUCUGAGGAUGAAGAAGGCUCUAAUGCUGAGUCAGAUGAUGAUGGAGAUGAGGAUGAGGAUGAAGAUGAAGAUGAAGAUGAUGAUGAAAUGGAAGAGGAACAGAUGAAGAUUAGAGAUGAGACAGAGACAAAUCUUAUCAAUCUUCGAAGAACAAUUUACUUAACAAUUAUGUCCAGUGUAGAUUUUGAGGAAGCUGGUCAUAAACUUUUGAAAAUCAAGCUAGAGCCGGGUCAGGAGAUGGAACUGUGCAUUAUGCUUUUGGAAUGUUGCAGCCAAGAGAGAACUUACCUCCGGUACUAUGGUCUUCUGGGGCAGCGAUUCUGCAUGAUCAACAGAGUCUACCAAGAAAAUUUUGACAAGUGUUUUGUACAGCAAUACUCAAUGAUCCACCGGCUUGAAACAAAUAAAUUGCGCAAUGUGGCAAAGUUUUUCGCUCAUUUACUGGGCACUGAUGCAUUACCCUGGCAUGUUUUAUCAUAUAUACGGUUAACUGAGGAGGACACUACCUCAUCUUCCCGUAUAUUCAUUAAGAUUCUCUUCCAGGAAUUGUCUGAACAUCUCGGCAUCCGCCUUUUAAAUGAGCGGCUGAAUGAUCCAACAAUGCAGGAUUCUUUUGAAUGUAUAUUUCCAAAAGAUAAUCCAAAGAACACACGGUUUGCCAUUAACUUCUUCACAUCCAUUGGUCUUGGUGGUCUUACUGAGAACCUCCGAGAGUAUUUGAAGAAUAUGCCACGGCUUAUCAUGCAACAACAGAAACCAGUUUCCGAUUCAGAAUCAGAUGACGAGUCUGGGAGUUCUGAUUCUUCAGAUUCAGGAUCUGCCAGUUCUGAGUCCGAGUCCAAGUCAGACUCAUCUAGUUCUGAUGAGAGUGACAAGGGGCGAAGAAAGAGGAGGAGAAGGUGAAGUGGUUUUGUGCUUAUUACAUAAAUGUGAGUAGUACAACCUCUUGUAGAUUUUUAAUGCUAAAUACUGUAUCUCCAAAUAGGCUUAAAGGAGGUUCAUAAUGCCCCCACUAAUUUUGUUUGUUAUUUGCCUUGUGAAAAUUCAAUGGCAUGUGUCCUAUUAAAGUGAAGCUCUUGAAUUGAGUCUUUGUUAAAAAGUUCCUACUUCAUUUUCUUGACAUUCAUGUAGGCUGUAGUUAUUUAUGUUGGCAAUUUCAACAUUUAUUUAAGUGUAUUGUAAUAUAAAUUAUGAUAAUUAUAAUUAGAAAUGACUUUUAUA